ACCGAGCAGAGCCACAGACCUAUCCACUCCUCCAUGCAGCACCGCGGCUAACUUCCCAGCCACUGCUUGCGCCACACCCACCCGCCGCGCAACCCAAAACCCCCCCACGAGCCACCGCCACGCGACCCCCUUCCCCCUCCACCUCCGCCGCCCGCCCCGCCGCGGGAGGCCGGGGCCCGUGACACGGCGCGCGGCGCCCGUACCAUGCCGUGACGCCAGGACCCGCCCCCCACGGAACCGCAGCCGCCCUCGGCCCACAUGCACUUCCCCUCGCCGCGCGCGCACGCCAUGGCCGCGCCGGCCGUGGCCCGCCCCCGUAUCCUCCACUGCGCUCACCUCGCCUCGACCUCCUGCGUGCUGGUCCUCCUGGGCCGGGGGCGCGGGCGCGGGCACGGCCGCGCGGUGGCGGCGGUGAGGGCUCGCGAGCAAGGCGCGGCGCCGGCCGACCCGGCGGCCAUCCUGCGGCGGCCAGAUGUGGCGACGACGACGUCGGCGGAGGAGGAGGAGAGGGAGAGGGAGAGCGACGCGGGCUCUUCGUUGGAUGGCCUGGUGGAGGACGAGGAGGCGCCCGAGGAGGAAGGAAUUCAGGGCAGGAGGAAGGCGCCGGAGAGGGAGUGGGUCGACUGGGAGGACCUUAUCCUCGAGGACACCGUGCCGCUCGUUGGAUUCGUCCGGAUGAUCCUCCACUCCGGCAAGUAUGAAAGCGGUGAUCGAUUGAGUCCUGAACAUGAAAAAGCGAUUCUGGAAAGGUUGCUUCCGUACCAUCCACAAUAUGAGAAGAAAAUUGGAUGCGGUAUUGACUACAUCACGGUAGGAUUGCAUCCGGAAUUCGAAAACUCAAGGUGUUUAUUCAUAGUUAGGAAGGAUGGUGAGCGAGUUGAUUUUUCGUUCUGGAAGUGCGUCAAAGGUCUCAUCCGACAAAAGUACCCCAUGUAUGCCGACAGUUUCAUUCUCAGGCAUUUCCGCAGGAGACAAGAUUACUGAAGUAGAUGGCCGCAUGAUUGUUUCAGUGUAAUAUUUCUGUGAUAUUGAUUUUGUCCGCAUGGCUUUAACAUCCUGCGAUUUUGCAUUUGUUGAAAUCCAUGUGGAGUGUUCCGUUCCAAGAGGAAAGAUCACUUGCAGAUGAAAUUUUGGCGCUCUAUUCAGUUCGUAGCUUAUUGUUACACUUA